CUCAGGGUCCCGAUUCGUUUUCGAGGAGAGUGGAGAGGAGAAGGGAGGGGAAAGCGGAAGGGUGGAAGAAGGGAGAGAACGAGGAAAUUGUGUCGGCCAUGACAAUUCCAAGAUCUUCUCCUUCUCUUCCUCUCCUCCAUUUUGCCCUCGUUUUCCUAUUCGCCUCCUCUCAUCUCAAGGGUUUCGCCGCCGGUGAUGCGUCGCAGGGCGGGGAAUCCGCCUCCACGUCACCUGGCUGCAAUGUCACCUCCCAAGAUGUUAAAAUAAAGAAUUGGGUGAAUGGUGAUGAAAGUGCAAGCUUAGAUGGACUUAGUGCCAGAUUUGGUGCCUCGUUGCCGACCAGUGUUUCUAAAGCAUUAAGACUCCCUGCUAUUCUUGCAAAUCCAUUUAACUCCUGCAACAAAUUAUCUUCCAAGUUAUCAAACUCUUUUGUUGUUGCCGAGCGAGGGAAUUGCACUUAUGCAACCAAGGCAGAAAUUGCAGAGUCCAGUGGUGCAGCAGGUUUGAUGGUGAUAAAUGAUGAUGAAGAUCUUACUGAAAUGGUGUGCACUAAAAAUGAAACUCAUCUGAAUAUUACAAUUCCUGUUGUUAUGAUACCAAAGUCAGCAGGGGACUAUCUAAGAAGAUCUAUGUCUAGUGGUGGCAAGGUGGACAUCCUACUAUACUCACCAACUCGGCCUAUUCUGGAUAUCUCAGUGGUCUUUUUGGUAUUAAUGGCUGUUGGAACCAUUGUCAGUGCCUCUUUUUGGGAUGAAUUCACAGCACAUGAGCAGGAUCAACCUAGUGCUGAAACAAAUCAAGAAGAUUCUGAGAAGAAUACUUUAAAAAUUAAAGCCGUGGGAGCUAUAGCUUUUGUAAUAGUAGCAUCAGCUUUCUUGGUGGUGCUCUUUUUCUUUAUGUCUUCUUCAUUUGUCUUUGCACUGAACGUGAUAUUCUCUUUAGCGGGUUCACAGGUACUGAAUACAUUGAAGACCUGUCCCUUGUCUUUAUAUCAGGGAAUGCAUUUCUGCAUAGUAUCACUUAUUUCAAGAGCUUCCAAACGCUGUAGACAAAUGAAAAUAAACAUUCCCAUUUUAGGGAAGGUUUCAGUUAUUGCCAUUGUGGUUCUACCUUUUUGCAUUGCAUUUUCCAUUAUUUGGGUUGGAAAUCGACAUUCACCACAUGCAUGGAUUGGCCAAGAUAUCCUUGGCAUCACUUUAAUGAUAACGGUGUUGCAAGUGCUUGAGUUACCAAAUAUAAAGGUGGCUUCAAUUCUUCUUUGCUGCGCAUUUUUCUACGACAUAUUCUGGGUUUUCCUCUCACCCCUUAUAUUUCAUCAAAGCGUCAUGAUUGCUGUUGCUACUGGUCACAAAGCAGGUGGAGAGUCCAUUCCCAUGCUUCUGAAAAUACCUAGAUUUUUUGAUCCUUGGGGAGGCUAUCAAAUGAUUGGAUUUGGAGACGUUAUUUUACCUGGCUUGCUUAUUGUUUUCAGUCACAGGUUUGAUAAAUUAACUAAAAAGGGCAUCUCAAAUGGUUAUUUUCUUUGGCUAAUAUUUGGCUACACUUUUGGUUUGUCUGUCACAUAUCUUGUUUUUUACCUGAUGAAUGGACAUGGACAACCUGCUCUGCUCUACUUGGUUCCGUGCACCUUAGGUCUUACUGUUGUACUGGGUGGACUUAGAGGAGAAAUUGGAGACCUAUGGAACUACGGAGAAACACCAUCCAAAGUUGUUCCUGGUGGAGAAACUUAAGCACUCAUUUGCAGAAUCUCAUUCGAGCCAAUGAUCCCAGUGCCUGCUCUUUUACCUAUCUGGCACAUUUGAGAUGAGAAUGUUUCCCGGGAAUAUGAACUAACCAAAGCAUUCUUAAUAUGCGUCCUAAUCGAUGUAAAUUGGCAUUCUCUUGUAUUGGCGUAUCAUUGUGCUCUGCCACAGCAUCAUCCCAGCCUUUGUGAAUAUCAAUGUUUUGCCGCAAAAUGGUUAUUCAUUUUACUCUGCCA